UUUUAAUUGGGUUCGGAAGACCCCGUCAGAACCUGAGACAUGAGACGAGAUGUUUGUCAACAGUUUUCUAUGAAGUAAUCUAUCCGAGUCUCAAAAGCAUCACAGAAGAAUCAAGAACACAAAAUGGGCACUUCAGCUUCGAAACAAGAUAACCCAACAAGUCCUGUUAAAAGUGUAGCUGUUAUUGGUGCUGGUGUCAGUGGGCUUGCUGCGGCGUACAAGUUGAAAUCACACGGUUUAAACGUGACGGUAUUUGAAGCCGAGGAAAGAGCUGGAGGGAAGUUGAGGAGUGUUUCUUCUCAUCAUGGUCUAAUCUGGGAUGAAGGUGCCAAUACCAUGACCGAAAGCGAAGUCGAGGUCCAAAGUCUGCUUGAUGAUCUUGGAAUUAGAGAAAAGCAGCAAUUUCCAAUUUCACAGAACAAACGGUAUAUUGUUAGAAAUGGGCUGCCAGUGCUGAUACCUACAAACUCAAUCGCCCUGAUUAUGAGCAACAUUCUUUCUUCACGAGCUAAGUUUAACAUAAUUUUGGAACCAUUUUUGUGGAAGAAAAGUAACACAAAAGUUUCUGAUGAUCACUCCCAAGAAAGUGUUGGUGGAUUCUUUCAGCGUCACUUUGGGAAAGAGGUUGUUGAUUAUCUCAUUGACCCUUUUGUUGCUGGCACAAGCGGUGGAGAUCCUGAAUCUCUUUCUAUGCGGCAUACUUUUCCAGAACUAUGGAAUUUAGAGAAUAGGUUUGGUUCCAUUAUAACUGGAUUGAUUCAAUCAAAGUUAUUUGCUAGAAAGGAGCAGAGUGGGGAAGCAAAGCGUUCUUUGGGAAAAAAGAAGCCCCAGCGUGGUUCAUUUUCCUUUCAGGGUGGCAUGCAGACACUUGCUGACACGCUAUGCAAAGAGCUUAACAAAGACGAGCUUAAGCUAAACUCAAAGGUUUUAUCAUUAUCUUAUGAUCUUAAGGGCAAGUCAGAAAUAGGAAAUUGGACAGUCUCUUCUGCUGCUAAACCUGACAAGAAUUCUUUAUCCAUUGAUGCUGUAAUUGUGACGGCUCCACUGUGCAAUGUCAAAGAAAUGAAGAUCACCAGAAGUGGAACGCUCUUCCCACUUAAUUUUCUUCCUGAGGUGACUUACGUGCCACUUUCAGUUAUAAUAUCCACCUUUAGAAAGGAGAACAUUAAGAGGCCCCUCGAGGGAUUUGGAGUUCUCGUUCCUUCUGUGGAGCAGCGGAAUGGUUUAAAAACUUUAGGUACUCUCUUUUCGUCUAUGAUGUUUCCUGAUCGUGCACCUAGCGACCUAUAUCUAUACACAACCUUUGUUGGGGGAAGCCGAAACAAGGAAUUAGCAAGCGCAUCAAUAGACGAACUGAAACAAGUUGUCACCUCUGACCUUAAACAGUUAUUAGGAGCCGAAGGAGAGCCCACAUUCGUAAACCAUUUUCACUGGAAGAAGGCAUUUCCCUUGUACGGGCAUAAUUAUGAUUCAGUUGUGGAAGCUAUUGAAAUGAUGGAGAAAAAACUUCCUGGAUUCUUCUAUGCAGGCAAUCACAAGGGUGGGCUGUCUGUUGGAAAAGCAAUAGCCUCUGGAUUCAAGGCGGCUGAACUCGUGAUCUCGUAUUUGGAAUCUUCUUGAAAUGAAAUUUCACAUUGGCCCCGAUUGUAGAAAUCUUUAACACUGUUCCCUGUAUGAUAUCUUGUACUUCAUAUGUUGUUCUUUGUCCAAUUAAUAUCGUUUUCAGUUGAUAUUUUCGUA